UUUUCAUAUCGAACCUUAAAAUAAGAGUCAUUUUGUAUGGUGUUUAACCUGUUUUUAGGCCCAUUUGCUCUUACAUCACGAUGCAUGUUCGUCGCGUGCGUAUUAAUAAUGCUCUUUAAAUGCAUCGAUCUAAAUGCGUUAAUCUGAAGUCAAGCAGGCCAAACCAUGGGGAAGUCUCUGUUUUCCUUGCCGAAGCAAAAAGAGGAGCAGGAGAAUCUGAUUAAAAGCACAGAGUCUCCUAUUGAGGACAAUAAACAUGACGUGUCACAGUUUCCAUAUGUUGAAUUCACAGGUAGAGACAGCAUCACCUGUCCUACUUGUCAAGGGACGGGGAGGAUACCUAGAGACCUAGAAAACCAACUAGUUGCUCUAAUACCAUACAGUGACCAGAGGCUGAAGCCAAGACGAACGACAUUGUACGUGUCUUUAUCAGUCGUUCUGUGUCUGCUACUUUCUGGCUUGGCUGUAUUCUUCCUGUUCCCUCAAACUAUUGACGUUUCUUAUGUUGGGGUGAAGUCAGCCUACGUCACAUUCGACCGAGACCGGCGGAUAAUUUAUCUAAAUAUCACGAAUACCCUGAACAUCACCAACAAUAAUUACUACUCAAUUAGCGUUGCCAACAUCACAGCACAGGUGCAGUUCUACAAGACUGUUAUCGGAAAGUCUGUUGUCAGCAAUGUCACCACCAUCACCCCCCUGGAUAUGCGUCAGGUUGAUUUCACUGUUCCCACGAUCAUAGCAAAUGAGAUGAGCUACAUAUUUGACUACUGUACCAUGCCGUCAAUUAAAGUGCAUAACAUUGUUGUCAUGAUGCAGAUGACUGUAACUGUCUUGUACUUUGGCCACGCUGAGCAGGUGUCUCUGGAGAAGUACCUGUACGUGGACUGUGGCUCAAACACCACAUCUUCACGUGGACACAUGAGUGUGAUACAGUGACGGCGCUCCGUAUGACCCACAGUCCGUCUUGUUCCCAUGUCGUGAAACAAAAGCCUGUCCGGAGUGUUACGAAUGGGAGAUGAUGAAGUCUACACUGUAGGGUGACAACUUCAAGAUUGAUCAGGAAGUUUCAGCCAGAGCUCUGAUGUCUUUCUACACCAUCAUUAUCGAUUCUUUAGCACAGCGCUGAAGGUUUUGUUUGGAUAGACAGAAGCACUUUAGUACAUUUUGGGAAAAGGGAUGAGAGCAGCUGAAUAUUUUACAUAGAGCUGCAAACCACUUUGACUACUUCGUUACAAUUGUAUUUUUUCCUGUGCAUUUGUUUUGUAAUGUUAAACAGCGUGCUGCAAUUUCCAUUUGAUCAUGCUCAUUUUAUGGUUAUGUAGCUCUUCGCGGAGCAGUAACUCUUUUGAUUUUUUUUUGAGUAUGGUGUUAACAUCAACAUGCCAGCUUUCAGAAAUGGAAAUGGAGUUUAUGGAAAUGUUGUAUUAAUUCAUAUUUUGGAUUUUUCCAACCUGUAAGACUGCAAUAUUUUUUUUUUAGUGUCACUUCUCAUUUUUCGGGGAGAAUGAAGGUCUAAACUUACGUUUAAAAAACAGAACUAAACAAAUAUUUAGUGGGAUGUUCUGAGGUCAUUACAAAGUGGAACAUGAAUCAGGUGUCAUAAAAUAUAUAUUAUAAUAAAUAUAAAUUUACCUCAGCAGGAACCUGUGGAAUACCAUAUAGUUAAGAAAACAUUUAACAAAAAGAAGGAAGGCCAUUCUUUUUUAUUAUUAUUAUAAAAAGGACUUCCGUUUAAGAACUAAUUGUUCUUAAAAGCAUUUCUUUUGUCACAUUUUAGUCAAAGUUGAGCUUUUUUUUUUUUGGUGCUGGUGUAGAUAAUUGCUAUCUUAGAUGUUUCUUAUUCACUUUAACCCUUUUGCUUGUCUGGUUUUGUUGGAAUGGCACUUUUACAUCAACAUUUUUUGAAGUAUUUUAUUUACAUGUUAUUUUAGGGAAAGGAUUGUCAGUAAAUUCAAUUCCUUUGAUUACAUUUGUGUCCACACACACACACACACACACAUAUCAAAAUACACACUGGCAAGAUCACUUUAGAUCAAAACUGAUAAUUUCAGUAGAACCAUAGAAGCAACUAGGACAAGCACAUAAAAUAAAACAUAAAAUAAUAUAUAUUUAAGAAAUUUGGUAACCAAACAGUUUCGGUCCCCACUGACAUUGAUCCAAUGAGAACUGAAACUAUAUGGUUACCAACCAUAAAUAUAUUUCUUCAUAAUAUCUUCUUUUGUGUUCUGCAAAAAAAAAAAAAAAAAUGAAAGGAAUGCAUACAGGUUUGAGGGUGAGUAAAUGAAGACAGAAUUUUGAAAAGUGAAUUUUAACCAGUGAAUGGGGGUCAAGAUUUUGAAGCCCUCCAAAAAUUAAUCCAUCCAAUAUAAAAAGUGCUCCACAUGGCUCUGGGAGUUAAUAAAGGCCUUCUGAAAAAAAAGCGAUGUCUUUUUGUAAGAAAAAUAUCCCUCUUUAAAACUUUAUAAACUGUAAUCGCUA